AUGGCUCUCGACAACGACGGACUCGGCCGAGUCGACCUUGUGGCCAAGUACCGCUUAGAGGCUGGCCCCGAGGAGGCGGGCACAGGUUUGGCAGGCGCUUCUGGAGAGACAGCAACUGCGAUGGUCGAAGUCGCCGGCCUCAGAGCUCCGCCGCUGGAUCUGAGUGACUUUCCUGAUGCCCCACAUGCGCCUGAUGAGUGGAUGCCCAACACAGAGAUCGGACCGCUGGCCGAUGCACCGCGCCUGCCGCCCGUCGACAUGCGUCCGCUCGAUGAGAACCAGCUCAAGGGUUUGGUGCUGGAAAAGGGCUCCAUCCCGCAGCUUCGCUUUGGGUCGGCGGCGGAAGCUGGGAAGAAGCGUAAGCGCAAGCGCGAUUCCUCGCGUCGCAAGCGCAGCUCAAAGGCCACCGACAAGUCCAAGUCGCGCCGGCGGAAGAAACGCGAUCGCGGCAAGAAGAAGAAGCGCCGCAAGCACAAGAGCAAGAAGAGCAAGCGUUCAAAAUCGUCUGCCCGCAAGAGCAAGUCCUCCCGCGACGAGCAUGGUUCUCCGGCACUGAAGUCGGGCUCCUCCUCCUCCUCAUCAUCAUCAUCAUCGUCAUCAUCAUCAUCAUCGUCCUCCUCCUCAUCGUCAUCAUCAUCGUCUCCCUCGGCAUCCGACUCCUCCGCCAACACCCGUCCCUCCAAGCGAUCCAAGACCUCCCGCUCCAGCCACCACCCAUGAACGCAUCACCACUGCUC